UCUCCUCCGUGUCGUUACGUAUUAAGGUCACAGCUGAUUCCACGAGGGAACAGCUAACACAGGGAGGUCUGACGGGCUUGUGCUCACAUAUUAACAGGUUCAAGUAGUCGUACUGAGAUGAGCAGUUUGUGGAGCGGAGUCCAAACAGAUCCCGUUGAAGACCUCAGACGUAUCAGGUGAAGCUGCAGCACCCCCUUCAGGGCGGAUCAGGCGCCAGAGGGCAGAGAUCUUCCCCUGACUUUGACGUGCACAUCGGAGGCAGGUUUUCUGCAGCCAUGCGUUUGUAGCGGCCUGCAGAGCCGCGGUGAUCAGAUCCUCCUCUGUUCGGCGCCCAGAUCGCCUGCGUGCGAUGUCGCGGCACAGCAAGCUGCAGAAGCAGGUCCUGGCUCUGUACCGCCACUUCCUGCGCGCCGGCCGAGACAAGCCCGGCUUCAUCCCCCGAAUCCGGGACGAGUUCAGGGAGAACGCCGGCAUCAAGAAGACGGAUGUGAUGCACAUCGAGUAUCUGUACCGGCGCGGCCAGAGGCAGCUGGAGCAGCUGAGGGACGUCAACACCAAGCAGCUGGGCUCCUUCUCCAAACCCAAGGGCCCUGGCUGGAACCAGGAGGCCCCCAGAGACGCAUCCAACACCUCAGAGACGCGCUGACAGCGCUGCCGAAGAUGUGGCGGCAGUCGCUUUGUCACGUGGAAUAAAAUAACAAAGCAAACAAUAAACUGGCUAAAAAAGUGACAGAUGAAGCACGUGUGUUUGUGGAAAAUACAUCCCCAUGAUUUAAGAGGGUUAUUCCUAGCUCACGGGGGCAUUAGGGCCGUGCAGAUGAAUGCAGGGGCAUUAGAUCACGUUAUUCCGGCCAGAGGGGGCAAGUGCGAUGAACUCUACGAUGAUCAAGAGCAUCUUGAGCAUCGUAGAGUUGGUCUGACAGAACC